UUCGAGGAGGAGGACUUUGCAGACUGUCUCUGCUUCGUUGCAAGAAUGGCCCGAACCAAGCAGACCGCCCGUAAGUCCACCGGUGGGAAGGCGCCCCGAAAGCAGCUGGCUACCAAAGCCGCGCGUAAAAGCGCGCCGGCGACUGGCGGCGUGAAGAAGCCGCAUCGUUACCGGCCCGGGACCGUGGCUUUGCGGGAGAUCCGGCGCUACCAGAAGUCCACGGAGCUGCUGAUCCGCAAGUUGCCCUUCCAGCGCCUGGUGCGCGAGAUCGCGCAGGAUUUCAAGACGGACCUGCGCUUCCAGAGCUCGGCCGUGAUGGCCCUGCAGGAGGCCAGCGAGGCUUACCUGGUGGGCCUGUUCGAGGACACCAACCUGUGCGCCAUCCACGCCAAGCGCGUCACCAUCAUGCCCAAGGACAUCCAGCUGGCCCGCCGCAUCCGCGGGGAGAGGGCUUAAGGCGCUUCUCCCCCUGCCCAGUCCAUCGUCACGUCCCAUCUCUA